GCAAGAAGAUGAAGAACGGUCUGCUAAUCAUAAUAUGCAUUUUCUUGUCUGUAGGAACAUGUGGGGGUCCUUUGUUAACUCGUCUCUACUACACCAAUGGUGGAACACGAAUAUGGUUCAUGAGCUUUCUUGCAACCGCAGGUUGUCCAAUCAUACUCAUCCCUCUCUAUGUCUCCUUCAUCCGCCGUAGCAACCGCAACAAGGCAGAAAACACAAAUAAAACAAAGCUUUUCCUCAUGGAAACUCCUCUCUUCAUCGCAUCCACCUUUAUUGGUUUGCUCAUAGGACUCGACAACUACUUAUACGCAUAUGGAUUAGCUUAUCUCCCAGUUUCCACAUCUUCACUCAUUGUUGGAACUCAGUUAGCGUUCAAUGCGAUCUUUGCUUUCUUCAUGGUCAAGCAAAAGUUCACUCCGUUCUCUAUAAACGCCGUCGUUUUGUUAACGGUCGGCACUGGAAUCCUGGCCUUACACAGCAAGGGAGAUAGGCCGGCUGACGUGAGCCACAAGGAGUAUGUGGUUGGGUUCUUGUUGACUUUGUUUGCAGCUGUUCUCUACGCUUUUAUACUGCCGCUCGUUGAGCUCACUUACAAGAAAGCUCGACAAGAAAUCACUUUCACACUUGUGCUCGAGAUUCAGCUGGUCAUGUGCGUCGCUUCUACUUGCUUUUGUCUCGUUGGGAUGAUUGUAAAAGGCGACUUCGAGGCUAUACCAGGAGAAGCAAGAGAGUUCAUGAUCGGAGGCUCCGCAUUUUACUACACGUUAAUGGUGAUCACAGGGAUAGUAUGGCAAGGGUUCUUCUUAGGAGCCAUAGGGGUUGUGUACUGUGCGUCGUCUCUAGCUUCUGGUGUUUUUAUCAGUGUUCUUCUUCCGGUGACCGAGAUUUUGGCCUUCGUUUGUUUCCGAGAGAAGUUUCAGGCGGAGAAAGGUGUCUCUCUCUUUCUCUCUCUAUGGGGUUUCGUUUCUUACUUCUACGGCGAGUUUAAAUCCGGCAAGAAAAUUAUCGAUAAACCGGAGACAGAACUGCCACCACUUCCAGUUAGUGGCUCUGAUGUUGCUUGA